AGAGGGAGAGAGAGAGCAGCUUCGACCAUGGAGGCUGUAAAGAUGGUACUGAAGGUGAUGUGGAGGUACCGGAGUCUCCUCAUCAUCCUCAUGACGCCCUUGCUCCUACUGCCUCUCCCUGUAGUCAUCGGGACCAAGGUGGCAGAUUGUGCGUUUGUUCUCAUGCUGAUGGCCAUUUACUGGCUGACGGAGGCCUUUCCCCUGUCGGCCACAGCCAUGCUGCCAGCCCUUCUCUUCCCACUGUUCGGCAUCUUGAAGUCUAACGAGGUGGCUAAAGUGUACUUCAAAGACUUCCACCUCCUGUUGAUAGGGGUAAUCUGCCUGGCCACGUCCAUAGAGAAAUGGGGCCUUCAUCGAAGGAUAGCUCUCAGGCUGGUCACCCUGGUGGGGGUCAACCCUGGAUGGCUUAUGCUGGGCUUCAUGUCCGGCUGUGCCUUCCUCUCCAUGUGGGUCAGCAACACCUCCGCCGUCGCCAUGGUGAUGCCCAUUGUGGAAGCCGUCAUCCAGCAGAUCCUGAGGUCGGAGGAGGAGGCCGACGGACGGCGCUCCAGAGCUGCUACGGGCGUCAGCAACCUGGCCCUGCAGCUGGACGAAAUGAUUGGGCCGAAGGAGAAAGAGGAUAUUAUGAGUAGCCAAGUACAAGAUCCAGAAGCUCAAGUGUACACUAUUCCUGAGAACGAAGUCCCCCCACACAGAACUGUCAUCCCUCAGGUACCCGGAAGUAAACAAGAUAAUAUGAUCUGCAAGGCUCUGUGCAUCAGCAUUGCCUAUUCAUCCAGCAUGGGCGGGAUCGCCACUUUACCCGGGACUUCCCCCAAUCUCAUCUUCUCAGAGUACAUGACUCAGUUUUACCCAGACUGCGACCAGAUCAACUUUGGAAACUGGCUCCUUCUCUGUGUCCCCAUCAGUAUCCUGAUGCUGCUGUUGUCAUGGAUAUGGCUGUACUGGCUGUUCAUUGGCUCUGAUUUUAGGUCUUUGCUGCGCUGUGGAGGACAACGGUCCGAGAGGGAGAAGGAAACAGCCCGCGUCAUUCAGGAGGAGUAUAAUUCUCUGGGGCCUAUUAGUCCCCAGGAGGUGGUGACCCUGAUCAUCUUCGUGCUGAUGGCCCUCCUGUGGUUCACCAGGAAGCCUGGCUUCAUGCCUGGCUGGGCCAACCUCUUCCCUGAACAUGCCGGCUACGCUACAGAUGCAACCGCUGCCUUGCUGCUCGGCCUCCUCCUGUUUGUCAUCCCAGCACAUGGUCCAUCUGCCAAGAAUUUUGAGGCCAUGAUCACCUGGAAGGAGUUCCAGGCUGUUAUGCCAUGGGAGGUGGCCCUGCUUGUUGGUGGAGGUUUUGCCUUGGCUGAGGGUACCCAGGUGUCCGGUCUAUCGUCCUGGGUGGCAACCCUGCUCACCCCUCUGGGUGACCUCCCCGUCAUAGCGACGGUCACCAUCGCCUGUGUCAUCGUCACCUCCAUUACAGAGGUGGCCAGUAAUGCAGCCACCAUCACCAUCUUCCUGCCCAUCCUUGCCCCGCUGGCUGAGGCAAUCCAAGUGAACCCACUCUACAUGCUGAUACCCACAACCCUCUGCACGUCUUUCUCCUUCCUGCUUCCUGUGUCUAACCCAUCCAAUGCCAUCGUGUUUGGCUAUGGCCAUAUUCGUACCAUUGACAUGGUGAAGGCGGGGCUUGGCACAAACAUAAUCGGUGUCCUUGUGGUGAUACUGGCUGUGACGACAUUAGGAGUACCCCUAUUUGGACUCAAUACCUACCCUGACUGGGCGCCCGUCUUCCCUACGUCCAACAGCACUGGCCUGUGAUUCUUUGGGAUAAAAGCACGACUGAAAUUACCUCAGGAAGGAAAAAAUGUGGGCAAGUAAGGACCAAUAGCGUGGACAAAGAUGGGACACUGUACACAACGUGGUUCUGGUUAGUUAGCUAUCUAGGCUAACGGAUGGUGGUGAUGGUGCACAGGUCGAGGCAAGGGAGUAUUGUUCUCCUGAAGUGCACAAUAUCAUGGUCCACAGAUUU